AUCUGGCAGUUUGGCGAGUGGCUGGACGUGGUGGUGGAUGACUACCUGCCCACCAAGGACGGCAAACUCCUCUUCGUCCACUCCGCCGAGGGCACUGAGUUCUGGAGCGCCUUGUUGGAGAAAGCCUACGCCAAAGUGAACGGCUGCUACGAGGCUCUGUCGGGCGGCAGCACCUCGGAGGGCUUCGAGGAUUUCACCGGCGGCGUGACUGAGUGGUACGACCUACGCAAACCCCCCGCUGAUCUCUACCAGAUCAUCCUCAAAGCGCUGGAGCGCGGUUCUCUGCUCGGGUGUUCCAUCGACAUAACCAGCGCUUUUGACAUGGAGGCGGUGACCUUCAAGAAGCUGGUGAAGGGCCACGCCUAUUCGGUGACGGGGGCCAAGCAGAUCAACUACCGCGGGCAAUCCCUGGGUCUGAUCCGGAUGCGCAAUCCUUGGGGAGAAGUGGAGUGGACGGGACCCUGGAGUGACAACUCAUCGGAGUGGAACGCGGUGGAGCCGGCGCUGAGGCAGCAGCUGAUGGUGAAAAUGGAAGACGGUGAAUUUUGGAUGUCCUUCCGGGAUUUCCUCCGGGAAUUCACCCGCUUAGAGAUCUGCAACCUCACCCCGGACGCUCUCCAAUCCCGCAAGUUCCGCAAGUGGAACACGCGGCUCUACGACGGGACGUGGCGACGCGGCAGCACGGCCGGCGGUUGUAGGAAUUACCCCGCCACUUUCUGGAUAAAUCCGCAGUUUAAGAUCCAGCUGGAGGAGGUGGAUGACGACGGGGAUGAGGGCGGCGGGCGCGAACCCGGCUGUAGCUUCCUGCUGGCGCUGAUGCAGAAACACCGGCGCCGCGAGCGCCGUUACGGCAAAGACAUGGAGACCAUCGGAUUUGCCGUCUACGAGGUUCCUCCCGAGCACGUGGGGAAAUCAGGCGUCCACUUGAAACGGGAUUUUUUCUUGGCCAACGCUUCCCGGGCUCGUUCGGAACAAUUCAUCAACCUACGGGAGGUGAGCACCCGGUUCCGGUUACCGCCGGGAGAAUACAUCGUGGUGCCUUCAACCUUCGAACCCAACAAGGAAGGAGACUUCGUUCUCCGCGUCUUCUCUGAGAAGAAAGCCGGCACCGAGGAAAUGGAUGAUAAGAUCCAAGCGACGCUCCCGGAUGAGAAAGUGCUCUCUGAAAGCGAAAUCGACGAGAACUUCAAGCAGCUCUUCAAGCAGCUGGCGGGGGCG